ACUGCUUUAAAACUGGGGUCAGACUGUGAAAGGUCAACCGUUGCAUGGUUGAUUGCGUAAAAGGCUGGAAUUCUUUGGAGCCAACUUGAAACAUAAGUAUUUCAUUUUACUUAAAUCUGUAUUAUAAAACAAGGUUUAAGUUGAUCAUGAAUAAUGUAAUGCAGAAUCAUGGAAAAUGGGUGCUCUGUGGUCAACAUUGGUUAGAAGCGCUUGAGAAUAAAUUUCAAUUAAGUACUUGAUUUUGUUUUCUUAGCUUACUUUCUCUUGCUACAAUAAUCUGAAGGAGAUUGUUCUUGGAGACCGAAGAGAGCACAUGGGGAUGACGAGGUUUGCUUGUUUUCUCUUGUUUACCUUGCUCUUAAGUUUUAGCUAUGCAGCUAUAACGCCAAUGAAUCCUUUGUCAUUAGGACAAACUCUCAGCUCCUCUAAUGAGGUUUAUGAAUUGGGGUUCUUCAGUCCUAAUAAGUCCCAUAAUCAGUAUGUUGGAAUCUGGUUCAAGGAUACCAUUCCUCGGGUCGUUGUGUGGGUGGCCAAUAGAGAGAAGCCCGUUACAGACUCCACGGCAAAUCUAGCUAUAAGCAGAAAUGGAAGUCUUCUGUUAUUUAAUGGGAAGCAUGGCAUUGUGUGGUCCAGUGGAGUAGCUUUUGCUUCUAGCGGGUGUCGUGCAGAGAUUUUAGACAGCGGAAAUCUAGUUGUCAUAGAUAUUGUUUCGGGAAGAACUCUAUGGCAAAGCUUUGAGCAUCUUGGUGAUACUAUGCUACAUUCCUCAUCCCUGAUGUAUAACCUUGCCACCAAUGAGAAGCGGGUGUUGACUUCUUGGAAAAGUUACACUGAUCCAUCAGCUGGCGACUUUGUGGGUGAGAUUACAUCGCAGGUGCCAUCACAGGGGUUUAUUAGGAGAGGCUCGACGCCUUACUGGAGAAGCGGUCCAUGGGCUAAAACAAGGUUCACUGGCCUACCUGUAAUGGAUGGAUCAUUCACAGAUCCAUUCAGCCUACACCAGGAUGUAAACGGGUCAGGAUACUUGUCUUAUUUUCAAAGAAACUACAGACUUACACGAUUAAUUUUAACAUCAGAGGGAUCAAUUAAGAUUUUUCGGCAUAAUGGAAAGGACUGGGAACCUUACUUUGAAGUUCCGGCGAAUUCAUGCGAUAUUUACGGUGUAUGUGGACUAUUCGGGCUGUGUGUUGCGUCAGUACCUCCAAAGUGUAAAUGCUUCAAAGGGUUUGUUCCUAAAUCCAUUGAGGAGUGGAAAAGAGGAAACUGGACUAGUGGUUGCGUGAGGCGUACUGAAUCACAUUGUCAAGGAAACUCUACUAGCAAAGACGUCUUCUAUCCUGUUGCCAACAUAAAGCCUCCAGACUUUUACGAAUUUACAGAUUCUGUGGAUACUGAAGAAUGUUACCAAAGUUGCCUCCACAAUUGUUCCUGCUUGGCCUUUUCUUAUAUUCAUGGAAUAGGGUGCUUAGUGUGGAACCAGGAUUUAAUGGACACAGUGCAAUUUCCUGCCGGAGGAGAACUUCUUUCCAUUCGUCUUGCACAUUCUGAACUAGAUGGAAAUAACCGCAAAAAGACCAUUGCUGCUAGUAUUGUGAGCCUUUCUCUUUUUGUUAUAUUGAGUUCUGCUGCGUUUGGUUUCUGGAGAUACAGAGUGAAACAUAAUGCUCAUAUAUCAAAGGAUGCAUGGAGGAAUGAUCUGAAACCACAAGAUGUAUCAGGCUUAGAUUUCUAUGAGAUGAAUACCAUUCAAACUGCCACCAAUAAUUUCGGUCUAUCAAACAAACUCGGACAAGGUGGAUUUGGUUCAGUUUACAAGGGAAAGCUGCAAGAUGGGAGAGAAAUUGCAGUAAAACGGCUUUCUAGCAGCUCCAGACAGGGCAAAGAGGAGUUCAUGAAUGAAUUAGUACUCAUCUCAAAACUCCAACACAGAAACUUAGUCCGGAUUUUGGGAUGUUGCAUUGAAGGAGAAGAGAAGCUAUUAAUUUAUGAGUUCAUGGUGAACAAAAGCCUUGAUAACUUUAUCUUUGAUUCAAGAAAGAAGCUUGAGAUUGAUUGGCCACAGAGAUUUUACAUCAUUCAAGGUAUUGCGCGUGGAAUUCUAUAUCUCCACCGGGACUCCCGCCUCAGAGUUAUUCACCGAGAUCUGAAGGUCAGCAAUGUUCUGUUAGACGAGAAAAUGGACCCUAAAAUAUCAGAUUUUGGGUUGGCUCGGAUAUAUCAAGGAACCCAAUAUCAAGAAAACACUUGCAGGGUUGUUGGAACGCUAGGAUAUAUGGCUCCUGAGUAUGCUUGGACUGGGAUGUUCUCUGAGAAGUCCGACAUCUACAGCUUCGGAGUUUUGCUGUUAGAAAUCAUAAGCGGAGAGAAGAUUUCAAGAUUCAGCUAUGGCGAAGAAGGAAAAACCCUUCUUGCCUAUGCGUGGGAGUCUUGGUGUGAAAAUGGAGGAGUUGAUCUUUUGGACCAAGUUCUUGCUGAUUCUUGUCACCCGGCUGAAGUUGGAAGAUGUGUUCAGAUUGGUCUGCUCUGUGUUCAGCACCAACCUGCUGAUAGACCCAACACACUUGAGUUGCUGUCUAUGCUCACCACAACAUUAGAUCUUCCGUCACCAAAACAACCCACAUUUGUAGUACACAGAAGAGAUGACGAGUCACCGUCUAAGGAUUUGAUUACUACUAUUAAUGGGAUGACACAAUCAGGUAUCUUAGGGCGUUAAGAACAACCGCUAAUCCAAAUUAAAGUGAUCAAAUUAUGUUGGUAGCUUCAUCAUCUAAUACAUUCUUCAUUUACAUUUUCAAACAGAGUUGUUAAAAAAUUAAAGUGCUUCUGUUAAUGCCCAAAGGACUGACUACUAAUGUCGUCUUCUCUUG